AUGGAUUUAAGCGGAGUUGAUAAAGAAUUUAUUGAAGCACGUCGUCGAUCAUUAAAACGAUAUCUUCAAAUUUUAUGUCGUCAUCCAACUAUUUAUGAUACAGAUAUUAUAAAAUUUUUUCUAACUUUUCAAGGAACAUCAUGUGCUGAUAAUAUGAAAGCAACAUAUAAAAAUGUUCUUGAUGAAUUCAGUUCUGAAUCCCAAUCAUCAUUGAAUUCUAAUGAUAAUAUUGAAAAACAUGGAGAAGAUUCUGAUGGUAUACAAAUGUUUCGCAUAAGCCAAACACAUAUAUCAUUUCUUCAUCAACAAUUCAAUCAAAUUCGUGGAUAUUUAAAAAGUAUCAAUGAAAAAAAUUUUAAAAAUGCCAAUGAUUUUGCAAAUAUUGAAAAAACUUUACAAACAAUUGGUUCAGAUUCAACAAGUAUUGAUCGAUGGGCAACAGGUCCGAAUGAUUAUUGGCCAACUAUUCAAGUUGGUCUUAGUAAUUUACCCGUUGAAAUAGAUGCUAUUUCAGAACGAAUUAAUGAACAAUAUAAACGUGAUGAUGAAGUUAUUAAUGAUCAUUUUGAUUUGUUAAUUGAAUUACUUCAAGGAUAUACAGAUUUGUGUAAACGAUUUGAAGAUGCAUUACAAAUUGAACAAAAAGCUAUUCAAAAAGCAAAUAAUCAACAAAAGCGUUCAUCAACAGCAACCGAUACAUCAUCUAAAGUAAAAAUAAAUAAAAUUAAGAAAUCGAAAAAAGAAUAA